CUUGUGCAGAGAGUGGGUGGGAAAAUCCAAUGUAAUCCUUCCUAUUCGGCUUCAGCAUGAGCUCCCGUAGUCUGGCCAAAGCCUGUAUAUAUAUCUCACUCCAUUGCAUUCACCCUCAGUUCAUACUACAAGCAACAGGCACAGGAAGCAACUAAGAGCGUUGCCUGAAUACACUGAUUUACUGACAGCACUACAAGUAGUGUGACAUCAUUUGAGGAGUUUAUAACUCGCUGGGAUAUAUUUUUAUACAUAUAUAUAUAUUUUUUUUUUUUAUUAUUUCUGAUUAUUAUCAUUUUGUGGCUGGAAUACAAUGAAUACUUUAUAUCUGCCUCUCCACUUCCUGCUCUGCUCUGCCCUGUGCUUUCAGUGGACGGCUGCUUUAGGUAAGUGAUACUAACCUGUGCUGGGGGGAGGAAGGGGGGCUUAUAAAAUAUGCAUGUUACAGGGCCGCAAUAAUAUCGUUCCCCUAAACUUUCCUAGGUAAAGGUGAUUUAUGCCAGGAGAGAGAGAGCAGUGGGGAUCUAUUAACCUGGAUAAAAUGUAUCUCAUUUAUUGGUUUAAAAAAAUGUACAAAUCAAAGGAUAAGAUGGGAUUGGAGGCAUUGCUGUUUAUUGAGAGGAACCAGGUAGACAGUGAUAUUUAUUAACCAGUGAUACAUAGUGAACGAGUUCCAUGGGAUAAAUAAAUAUUUUAUAGCAGAGUAAAUCUCUCAAAUUAACAGCAGAUGACGUGUAUUAUGUUUUAAUGUUAAAACACGUUUUACCGUCUGAGUAUAGUGCUUGUGGCUUACUUACCAUUCCUCUUUGGCACUCACAUGGUUAAAUCAGCUUUUAUAAUUCAUUCAAAGAACUUGAAAUGCUUUAUUAUUAUUAUUAUUAUUAUUUAUUAUUAUUAUUUAUUAUUAUUUAUUAAUAUUAAUUACCCAUAAUAUCAAAAGCCAUGACAAAUUGUUAAAACAGUAAAUUAGUAAGAUAUUAAAGUAUAAUAGAAUGCAAACUCUUAUAGAGGCUUUUUUUUGGGGGGGGGGGGUUGGUUUGACAUCCAAACAUAGUGCCCUGAAACGAUUCAUGGGAGUUGUAGUCCGCAAAGUGUUGGUGGGCCAGAGUUGGUCUGGUAGUGUAUGUGGCCUACACAAUCUCUGAAUGUAUUCCAAGCACAUUCUUUAUCAAUGCUUCCAAGUGCCUAAAGCCCUGAAUGUUAAAUAUUUACUAGAACAGGUAAAUCAAUAGAGGUGCAGUGUUGUACUUUAGAAUCAUUUAUUGUUGUGUUAAAAAAAUGGCUUAAUCUGAGUCCUACAUUCCAAAAUGGAUUUUAAUCUGAUGUACAGAAUUAGCUAAAAGUCAUUUGAUAGCAUGGAUUGAUAAUCUUCUUUUGAUCCUGUUACAUAUAUUUGAAUUAUUCAGUCUGUUUUUUUUUUUUUUUCCCUAAGAGUGUGGUUAAAUAUUAAAAAAGACAAACUGGGAUUAUUCUUGAGAUGGAGUUAUUUAUUUUUCCCCCAGAUCUCAAUUUGGUGCAAUUCAGAGAUUAAUGUGCUCAGUGAACUAUGUGUGCAUGUGUUUUUGUUUUUAAUUUAUUUAUUCCCAAAAGGGGUUGUUAUUAUGAUUCCAUCAUGUCUUUAGAUCAUAUUUAUAUACUUUUUUUUUUUUCUUUUCUUUUUUGCAGACUCUAAAGAGCUUAAAACCGCUGUAAACAUUAUUUGGUCAUCUGUUAACUUUAAGACUAUACUGGAAUGGGAACCUACACCUGUAAAUCACACUUAUAGUGUUGACGUUAGUGGGUAAGUACUUCAUACUUACAGAUGGGGGUUCAGGGGUCAAAAGGCUUAGAACAAGGCAUAACAGUGUCCUAGUCACCGUGGGAACUAAUGGAUUGCUCUGGGUUCCAUGGGUUCCACUUACUAUGUAGAAUGGCAAACCUUUAUAAUCUUACAAUUAAUUUGUUGAACAACGUAUGGCUACUGACAUUUUCUCAUCAAGAGCAAAAUGCAUGGUUGUUCAAAGUGAGAUUUGAUACAGGUGCUGAUCGCAUUGAUUUACACAUCCUUCAGCACUACAGCUACUGGACUUUUCAUCAUGCUUCUAAUAUAUUAAUUUACAUUUGUACAUUGCAAAUUCUAAUACAUGCACUGCUCAAAAAAACUCAAACCGGAUUCCCAGCUGUUGGCAGAAUACCCCUCCUAUAAAUCUUGAACAGUCAGAAAACAUCAAAUGUCUGCCUAUGAGAUCAAUAGUAUUGAUAGUAAGUAAUAUCUCUCUCUCACAAACCGCCAAACCCCCACCUUGAGUAAUUUAUGACGUGCUUGUCCAAUCCAUUGUAAAUAAACGCAACACGAAGUCACACCUAUAUCCUUGAUGGUUAACCGAACCCAAUCCAGCUGUCAUGGUCUCUGGUGAGCUCAUCUUCAAGGGAAAUUUUGUCCACCUGGUGUACAGUAAACUUUCUCCCUAGUAAAGAUGGGAGAACAAAACUUGGUUGGUACACUGGGAGCAACUUCUAUCUUUGAUUCUAGCCAGGUUAUUUAGUGAAGUGAGAAUGCAAAAUUAUUUUCACAUUUAAGGCCCUAGCUGACUUAGAGAAGUCAUUGCAAUGAAGUGGUCCUGGUGAUGCAAGUGGCCCUUUAAAUGUUGUUUUAAAUCCGCAUUCUCUUUUAAUGUAAAGCAGAGAUCCCUUUCAAGUCACACUAUCUUGUCAUCCAAUGAGAUAAAUAUGUCUGAUUUAGUUCUAGAACCAGCUCAGCCCUAGAAAGUUUCAUUUAUGACCUCUUCUUUGUAUACAUAUUUCCAAAUGCCUAGAGGCAGCUUAGUUCUAAAUAACCCAUGGUCUCCAUUUAUUGCAAAAUAUGUUGUCCAUCCAGACUUGCCUGUUCUGUACAGGUGUGGUAUCGCUGUGCAAACCGACAAAUUUGCUGAUUGGAGCGGGACUGAUAGACAUGUUUCUUCAUGCACGCACACUCACACGUCCACGUUUCUCAGAGUUUCACAUAACAAAUUCCAAAUUUGUUAAAACAUGCUGCUUAAAAAAAAAAAAGGCCAACAAAUAUUAGUUUGGCUCCUAAACAAACUUGUUUCUGGUUUAUUUAUUCUAAAACUGCAUGUCAACUCGUGGCAUAACGAGUUUUUUUUGUUUUUGUGGUUUUUUUCAAUAAGUUGUCGGUUGGUUUUCUUUUUUCUUUUCUUUUUCCCUGUUUUGUAUUUUUUCUUUUUUUUUUUUUUAUAAAGUGUUUAUAUUUAUGCUGUAUUUCCAUUCUUUUUCAGCGAAUAUUCUGACUGGAAAACAAAAUGCUUCUAUACUAAGGAGACGGAGUGUGAUGUUUCUAAUUUAUUAGAGGAUGUGAACGAUACGUAUACUGCACGCAUUAUAUCAAAUGUUAAAGAUUCUGAACACAUUGAGGAAUUUCCAUACGCUGACAGCGUUCCAUUUACUCCUUAUAAGCAGAGUAUGUAAUGCUUUGUUCUAUUACAUUCAACAUUUUCAUUAUCCUGUUUAUGAUAGCAGUGUAAUUUGUUUUAACAUUCCAAGCACUAUAACCACAACAGCUUGCUGUAGUGGUUAUGGUUUCAGGAGUUUCCUGGCCCCGCCCCAGUGUAACCAUUUUAGAACAGUUUGACAGUGUACCUGGGUCUCUGUGGUGCUCCUGUAAUCUGGGUAUUUUAACUGAAAUCUACUCACCCCAGUACCUAGUAAGCUAAUGUGACAAAAAUGCCAUCUUUCUUUGUAUGUUGAAUGCUGUAUAAAUGGAUUUUAAUUGUUCAUAUAUUGGUAUUUAAUUUCCAUGUCAGUGCCCAUUUUAUGAUUUCAAAUUUUUCUAAAUGUCAAAUUGUUUAGAGGCCACAAAUGUAUAGGUAGUUGUAGUCUUUCAACUCUUAAAUGUAUCAGGAUAUUCCUAGUUUAUCUAUUUAUUUAUUUAUUUUUUAAUCCUACUUUCAGAAGAUCUAGUCAAAAUGUAUGUACACAUAUUUGGAAAAACCUCCCCUAAUCAUACAGCUUCUUCAACAAACUUUUAUGAAACUUUAAAUAGAGUGGAAAUCCAGAUGGAGCUAAAAUUUGCAUGCCCACGUACAGAUACAUGCAGUAUUGCCUUAUGAAUCCAUAUCAAGUGCCCAAGCCAGCCUGUAAUACGAACAGUGGCAUCUAUCCCCUGCAUGUUCCAUCUUCAAACAUGGAUGCCCCUGCAGAUGAGAAUGAGAUUUUUUUUUUUUUUAAAUGUAUUUAUUGGAAGCUUAAUUUAAUAUUUGGAGGGGGAGUUUUUUUGUUUUGGUUUUCUUCCCUAAUAAAAAAGAACAUUUGUGUUUGUUUGUUUGUUGGUCCCUCGUCUGCCAAAAUAAUUUUCUCAAACUUGGUAGUCAGUUUAUAGGAAAGCAUUUUCAUAGACUUUUUCUUUUAAUGGAUGAAACGGGGUAGUUCGUAUUAGUAAGGUUUGUUUGGUUUUUUUUUUGGUUUUUUUUUUAAAUCCAUUAUUUUCUUUAUUUUUAGCAAAGCUUGGAAAACCAGUCAUUGAACAGUUUGAAUUGGAUAAAGAAAGUGGCAAGCUCCACGUGUUCGUUAAAGAUGCUGUGACACCAUUUGCAUUCCCCAAUAAUACAUUCAAGACUGUUCGGGAUAUAUUUCAAAGUGACUUUAUGUAUACACUGUUUUACAGAAAAGCUUCUAGUACUGGCAGGGUGAGUACAACAUCUGAACUUCCUGUUGGCCUCAACAGCAAAGGUCUCAACGGCAAAAAGCUGCUUAUCUUUGAAUUUCACAACAAUUGACAAAGUUUUUUUAUUUUAUUUUUUUUUUAUUUUAUUUUUUCUUAAGUCAAAACAGAAUUUAAGAGAGCAAAGAAAAUGAGCAAAAACUCAAAUUUCCUUUCGACUAAGCUCUGCUCUGCUCAUAUUGUAUAUUGGAUGGAUCCCACCCAUUAGAGCAGUCUAGAGAAAGAGUGCCCAAAAGGUAGAUCCCCAGAUAUUUUAAAACUACAGCUUCCAUGAUGCUUUGCCAUUCAUGCUAAUGCUAAAGCAUUUGAAAGGCACGCAAAGCAACAUGGGAGCUGUAGUUCGACAGCUGUGAAUCUAGAUUUUGGGCACCCUUGGUCUAGAAGAUCUGAUCUGCCGACAAGUCCUUCUGCACAAGAUGUGCAGAAAAUCCAGACAUAUGUUUCAGCCUUGUCAAGUGAAGUGUAGCCUCUACCAGGAGUUGGUGUACCUCCCAACUCCUAUUACAUAGUUUACUCUAGCAUUAGAGGGGAAUAUGUAUGUUUAGUCUAUAAUUUAAAUUAGCUGAGCAUGCUAUGUAAAUUGAAUGAUGCCCAAGGUCAGCCAAUAGUCAAGUUAAAAUAUUCCAUUGUGUGAAGUUGGAGGGCUGAAAGAUAACAGAUUUGAAAAAUGUAGUGUUUUAAAAACAAAAAUGUAAGAGCCAAUUUAAAAAUUAAUGAUCAAGUAAUGUUUCUAAAAAAAAUAUAUAUAUAAUUUUUUUUUAUUUUUUUUAUUUUUUAUAUAUACUCUUCACACAAUUAACCCCUACUCUGUUUUAAUGUAUCUGCAGAAACAGGCAACGUCAGGGACCAAUGAAAUUGUCAUCAAUGUAGACAAAGGGGAGAGUUACUGUUUUUACGUGCGAGCGACCAUACCAUCGCGCAAAGUGGACCGUGACAGCCCAAACUCUGCCGAGAUAUGCACCCCUUCUAAUGGGAGUAAUGGUAUGUUCCACCUGCAAUCCUUGAUUUUGUUAGUGCUCUAAUGCUUUUCUGUUGGGAAGGGGGCCAGGUGCGAUUUCUUAUUUUUUUUAUUUAUUUUUUUUUAUUAUUUUUUUAUUGAAAUCAAUGUAGUGAUUUUCAAAAUUUGCUUUUGAGGUCUUCAUUCUUGAAAAAUGUUGAUGGAGAAUUCAGUUAUCUUGUUAAUGCAGAACAAUAACCCCAUCUUGUAUAUUAAAAAAUUACUCUUAAAUAACCUGAAAUGCUAAAAUACUUUUACUUUUCAGCAAUCCAUAAUCCUGCUCCAGAGUUUUUGACCCUCUGUGUAAGUUCAUUCCGCCAUUUUAAAUGGAUGCUUAUCAGAUGGCUUUUUGGUGGAGUGGAUCAUUUUAUUUUUCCUCUCCUCAAAACUUUCCAUAGUUUUCAUAAAGCCUCUCCAUGUAAACAAACACAUUACAGAGAGUACAUGUGUUAUUUUCUCCAAGUGAAAUGGGUGCAUUGUAUAUGCUGACUUUUCCUAUUCCCGUUAAUUUACGAUAUGUAAAUUAAUGACAUCUAUAACUUGAUCUUAAAUGUAGGAGUUUGGAUGGAUAUUAAUCUGCUGGUGCUUUUUACUUAAUCUCCUGUAAAUGACACACUCAAAUAACUAAACAUUUAAUAAUUGUGUAGUACAAAUUAGUUAAACUUUCUUCUUAGUUAAUAAAUAACCACAUAUUUGCAACAGUUAAUUGAAAUUGACUCUUAUUUGUGGCCAGCAAACUAGCCGAAUAACCCUCAUGGCAGAAGUAUUCAGAAUGCUUAAUAGGUUUAAACUUGGUAAAGAUUCAACAUAUCCCGAUACUAGAUUAGAAGAUCAUCAGGGGUGCAUUUUUCUGGAAAUGUUAUAACCCAGUGUGGGAGGAGUUUGAGGUAGACAUUUUUACAAAAUGUGUCCAUUGAAACCUAUUUGGAACUCUAAUAUUCUUUGUUGCAAGUUAGUUAUAAACAAAAAAAAAAAAGCAAAAAAGAGACACAGAGCAGUGUAUUUGUAAAUCGAAAACCAAAAGCAACCUAAUUUUUAUUAGACUUUAGGAGGUGUAUUCCUAUGCAAAUCACUUGCAUUGCAUCUCUGUUAACUGUGUCCCUAAACUAUCUGUGCGUAUUGCUUCAAAACAACUUCAAUUUAUUUAACUGCAUGAAUAUGCUAUGUUUGACAGUCACGUUAUAACAUAGGCACUUCUUUGACUAACUUGGGGUUAGUUUUUGGUUGGUUGUUUUUUUUUUUUCCCCUCUCUUUCUUUUAGAGCUAAAUAAUACCUUGUAUAUGUGUGUUUUGUUGGCAUACAUUUAAUUUAAUCAUUUCUCUCUCUUUAUUUUUUUCAGAGUUUAAUCUUAGUAUACUGGUUGCUGUGAUUACGGCAGUGGUUCUUAUAGUAGUAAUCAUCAUCAUGUCUGUGAUCAUUUGCAAGUGCCGAAAAGCAAAGGCUGAAAAAUCAAAGGAGACCGUACCACUCAACAAAGUCUGAAAGUGCAUUUUCUGCUUUACUACUGUUGUGACUGCAUAGCGACAUGCCUACUGCAUGUGGGGCCUUUGACGAAUAGAACCCCAGAGCAGUAAAGGAAUUAAUUUUGUUUCUGUGAAACUUGUUUUUAAAGAUAAAUAUUUUUGUAGAGAUUUUAAUUCUACCUUACGUUACUAGUAUAAAUGGCUGUAUUUGUUUAUAUAUAAUAUAUUUUUUAGAAAUAAAAAUUGUGAUAUCUAUUUGCUUAACCGCGAACUAGGCCAAAAUGUUUAAUAUUUCAGAUUCUGCUACUUUUGUCUAAUUUUGGUUGUCAACCAGGCACAAUUC